AUGCGACCAGGAAGAAUAAGGCCUCUAAGUGCCUACCAGAAUAAGCCUCUGUUGAAGGACACACUACAGGAGUAUUGCUCCAAUUCUGGGCUGCAUGGGAUACGGUAUCUGGGAGAGAGUGGUCGACCCUGGUCAGAGAAAUUGUGGUGGGUAGUGGUGAUUCUGGCCAGUCUGACGUGCGGCUCCCUGCUGAUUCUGCGAGUCUGGCACAAGUGGACAACAACUCCAGUGCUUGUGACCUUUGCAGACAAUCCCACACCCAUUUGGGAACUUCCUUUCCCCACUGUCACCCUCUGUCCCUCCAACAAAUAUGUCAAGAAAGUGUUUGACUUUUCUUACUACUACCGCGAGGUGAAUGAAAGCCUUAUAGAUGCUGAUACACAAGCUGUCAUCAAUGCUGUGUUGCUCCUAUGUCGCUCUACAGAUGCAACAGAAUUUGAUGAUGACUUCUAUCCUCGGUUUGGUGGCAAUGUCAUUAAUCGUAUUCAACAAUUGGUUUCUCCCUCGUAUUUUGAUACAAUAGAGUGCUCACUCUUGUUCGGCGCCAACAACAGUUGUGAAAGAUUAUUUCAGGUACUAAUUACAGCAGAAGGAGUAUGUUUCUCCUUCAAUCUCUUACCUAACAGGACACUCUUCUCUCCGACCACUGUACAAUACGCUCAAGAGUUCAACAACUCAAAACCUCCAAUCUGGUCCCUGGAGAAGGGGUACGUGGGAGGUGCAGGAAUCACUCGCCAACCGAUACGAGCUGUGGGCACUGGUUUGAAACGUGGUGUUGCCUUUGUUCUGAAGACUAAUAUGAGUGAACUUGACUACGAAUGCAGGAGAACACAAGGAUUCAGGGUCUCUCUGACGAAUCCUGCUGAAAUCCCAGCAGACAACAGCUUCUACUAUUUGCCAACAAGUGGGCUGACGCUGAUGGCUAUAGAGCCUAAAGUGAUGGACACCAGUGAGGGUUUGCGAUUUUACUCACCGUACAAACGUCACUGCUUCUUCCCCUCAGAGCGGAGGCUGACCUACUUCAGCACCUACACACAAAGCAACUGCGAGCUUGAGUGCCUCACCAACUUCACUCUCCGCAGUUGUAACUGUGUUGAAUUUUACAUGCCAAGAAACGAGACAACCCUAGUUUGCGACAUUGGUUCUACUAGCUGCGUAUUCAAUGCAGAAGUGACACUAACAAGAGAAUUUAUGCGACAGAGAAUAAAGAAAAUCAAAGGUGAAAAUGACUGCAACUGUCUUCCAUCAUGUAAAACUAUUCACUACAAGGCAGAUCUAUCUCAGAGUAAUGUGGAAUUGAAUGAGAUAUUACAAGUAAUAGAAACAGAUUCAGAAGAAUAUAGGAACAUUUCUGUGAACUUUUUGUAUGUAUAUUUCAAGGACCCUGAUUUUAUAGCCAUGAGAAGGGGAGAACUCUAUGGCUUUGCUGACUUAAUAGGUAAAUAUAUAGUUCAAUAAUUGAAUAUAAUACAAUAAUAAUCCAAAUAUUUCAUUCAUAAAAUUACUAAUAAAUAUUACAGUGCUAAU